CUCUCAUUCGAGUUAGUCGCUUAAAGUAAACGUGAGAGAAAAGAAACCACCAUGUUGCUCGUUCUUAUAUUGGUCGCUACGGCAGUAGCACUUUUUUGGACGUAUGCCAAUUACAAGGUGAGCUACUGGAAGAGACGCGGCGUCGAGUCUCUCACUCCCAAUCUGAUCUUCGGCAACUUCAGAGAGGCCGUGCUCUUCCGUUCCGCGCCAGGAUGGCACAUCGGUGACCUGCACAAGAUGGCCCGUCCAGACGCGCCCUUCGUCGGCUUCUACAUCUUUCACAAGCCGUGUCUGCUGUUACGCGAUCCAGAGAUCAUCAAGCACGUCAUGAUCCGCGAUUUUGACAAUUUCUCCGACCGCCACUUUGCCGGCUCUAAUCAGAAGGAUAGUAUCGGCAUGAAGAAUCUGUUCGGUCUGAAGAAUCCGGCCUGGAAAUAUCUGCGAACAAAGAUCACGCCUACCCUGACGAGGGGCAAAUUGAAGCAGAUGUUGCCAUUGAUGAUGGAGACCGCAGAGCCCAUGUUGAACUAUAUAAAAGAUCAACCGGUGGAUCACGACAACGUGAAGCUGUUGGACGCCCAAGACCUCAAUUACAAAUACACGACCGAUAUUAUCGCUUCAGUUGCGCUCGGUACUAAGAUAGAUUCCUUUUAUUUUCCGAACGAGGAAUUCUCGGCCGCAGUUAAGGAGUUUUUUUACGGAUUCAAAAGGAUGAUUGCUCUCAUAACGGUGUUUUUCAUGCCUGAACUGGUGGAAGUAAUCGGUACGAGAAUGCUUUUUAAUUCCACCUUCGUGAGAAAAAUCUUCUGGAAUGCGAUGGAGAAUCGCGAGAAGACCGGCGAGAAGCGAGGCGAUUUCAUUGAUUCGUUGCUUCAACUGAAAAACAGCGAACAGGAUCCCGUUUUCAAAUUCGAGGGAGAAAACCUGCUGUAUCAGUCCGGCACUUUUUUCUCCGGCUUCGAAUCAAGCUCCACAUGCACAUCCUUCACUCUGAUGGAACUGGCGAAGCAUCCGGAGUGUCAGGAGCUGGCCAGGAAGGACAUUAAUAGAGCGAUCGAGAAACACGGCUGGACAUACGAGGCGUUCCAGGAUAUGAAGUAUCUGGAGCAAGCUAUACUCGAAGGUCUGAGGCUGCAUCCACCUGUGUCCACUAUCGACAGAUACACUCGUGAGGAUUACAAGAUUCCUGACACUGAUAUCAUCAUCGAGAAAGGCACGCCAAUAUAUAUCUCCUUGUACGGACUUGGGGUGGAUCGUAGAUUCUGGGAUGAACCGGAAGUCUACAACCCCGACAGAUUCGCCGAAGGCAAUCCCAUUCCCGAUGCCUACAUGACAUUCGGGAUUGGUCCUAGGAUGUGCGUAGGAAUGAAAGUGGGCCAACUGCACGCUAAAGUUGUCCUAGCUUUAUUACUGAGAGAAUACGAAAUUUGGCAGACCAAAGAGCACACGAGUUUUCUCGAUCCGCGUUCGACCUUCACGGCUGCGUGCGAUGGAAUUAAAUUGUACUUCAAGAAGAUACGAUAAUACCAAAUAUAAUUCUCUUCAUUGAACCGAAUUCAUUAACAGUCACUUAUAAAAAUCGAAGUACGAAUUUCGCAAUUUAAUUUUACACAAAAACGAACUUCGUUUAAGUUUGCUUAACGAAAUAUGUAUGCCAAGCAUAUUAUAUCUGACAGCGUACGUUUUGAAUAAUCUCAAAUGACUGAACUUGAUAUUUAUAUAUAAAUCUCUAUAUAUGGAAUAAAUCUCUAUAUAUGGAAUAACACGUAAUCUUUUCGGACUGUAGCAGAUUUUAUCGUUAAACAAUUACUAUCCCUUCUCGUUUAUUCAACUAAUAAUGUUCUUGUGAUAAUGUCCAAUUGUUAUUACUAUCUAGUUGUCAUCAUUUGUUGAGAGCAGCGAUUUUUAUAGUGAUUUUGCAUAUCUUUAAAUCUCGAAAUUAUUUAUUAUUUCAGAAUCAUAAAUAAUUAUAUCCUAAGAUUUCAGACAUCUUAAUUUUAUCUAGGUUAAAAUAAAUUCAAAUAUAAAAUAAGAACAAGUUUUCUGAGAUGCAGAAAUAUGCGUUCACAUGUGUGACUUUAAUUAACGUAUUGAAUAAUUUAUCACUUUAGUGUCCAGUCACCAGAUAUGCACACAUCAAGUUCUUUUGACGAAACAUUUAAGUCAUUUAAGAUGUUACAUAAUUCGCGUAAAAAUAUACACAAAAAUAUCACAGCAGGAAUUACACUUUUUAUUCCCAAUGAUUUUCUAAUUACGAGUUGCGUAUAUAUAAUAGUAAUAACUGCAUAUUGCAUGAUCAAAUACCGUUGGAAAAAGAUCGAGCACUAAUAUGUAAAUUAUUCACGACUCGUCGGUCACAGCUUUAAAUUCAUGGCCAAACUUUAAAAUUCCAUAUUAAAAAAAAAUUAUUAUUUGAAAUAAAAAGAUACACUUUAAUUUGUAGUCUUUUUAUCAACUAUUCUCUACUGUGAUAUUUCUGUUAAUUUUUAUGACACUUAAUAUGUCCGAGGAAAAUAAACACCACUUCACUAAUAAAUGACUUGGCAAGUUGCUUUGAUACUA